GAUGGAAAGUCUGACAAGCGUGGCAGAUAAAAAGGGUAUAAAAAGGCGGUGGGAUGGAGGGGCAAAAGCAAAAGCAAAGCGGCCAGUGCUGAAGACAGUACUAUAGGUCUAUAGACAGCAACAACAUCUAUAGCAAGAUCUAUAGACAUCAGGAGCAUCUGCAGCAAGACCUAUAGACAGCGGCAACAUGGACCCCGAGGAAUACAGACAGAGAGGAAAAGAGAUGGUGGACUAUAUCUACCAGUACCUGACCAGCGUGAGGGAAAGGCGGGUGUCUCCUGAUGUCCAGCCUGGCUACAUGAGAGACCAGUUGCCUGAUGAACCCCCCUUUGAGCCAGAGAGCUGGGACAGCAUCUUCAAAGACAUAGAGAAGAUCAUUAUGCCCGGGGUUGUCCAUUGGCAAAGUCCACACAUGCAUGCCUACUUCCCAGCACUCAACUCCUGGCCUUCACUCUUGGGGGACAUGUUGGCAGAUGCCAUCAACUGCCUGGGAUUUACUUGGGCCUCUAGCCCUGCCUGCACAGAGCUAGAAAUGAAUGUGAUGGACUGGCUGGCGCAAAUGCUGGGUCUCCCACAUACGUUCUUGCACUAUCACCCUGACAGCAGAGGUGGAGGCAUAUUGCAGAGUACUGUUAGCGAAUCCACUUUGAUCGCUCUCCUGGCAGCAAGGAAGAAUAAAAUUCUCGAAAUGAAGGGAUCUGAGCCAGACACCGAGGACUCUACUCUGAACUCUCGUUUUAUUGCUUACGCUUCAGAUCAGGCCCACUCCUCGGUUGAAAAGGCAGGCUUGAUAUCGCUGGUGAAGAUGAGAUUUCUGCCUGUAGAUGAGAAUUUUUCUUUGAGAGGCGAAACCCUGAAAAAAGCCAUCGAAGAGGACAGAAGCCGUGGCCUGGUACCAAUCUUUGUUUGCGCAACUCUGGGUACAACUGGCGUCUGUGCUUUCGACAGCCUUUCGGAGCUGGGUCCAAUAUGUUCUCAAGAGGGACUCUGGCUGCAUGUCGAUGCUGCGUAUGCUGCAACAGCAUUCCUCUGCCCGGAAUUCAGGGUGUUUCUGGAGGGAAUCGAACAUGCCGAUUCUUUCGCUUUCAACCCUUCCAAGUGGAUGAUGGUUCACUUUGACUGCACCGCAUUCUGGGUCAAGGACAAAUACAAGCUGCAGCAAACAUUCAGUGUUAAUCCCCUCUACCUCAGACAUCCCAAUUCAGGUUUAGCUACUGAUUUCAUGCACUGGCAAAUCCCACUCAGCCGAAGGUUUCGUUCUUUGAAACUCUGGUUUGUGAUUCGUUCGUUUGGUGUGAAAAAGCUCCAAGACCAUGUCAGACAUGGCACGGAGAUGGCCAAAUAUUUUGAGUCAUUGGUUAGGACUGACGCUCUGUUUGAGAUUCCAGCCAAGAGACACCUGGGACUGGUUGUGUUUCGUUUAAAGGGUCCCAACUGGAUGACAGAAAAAGUCUUAAAAGAUUUAAACAAUUCAGGGAAGCUCUUCGUUAUUCCUGCAAUGCUUGGAAAGAAGUUAAUCAUUCGCUUCACUGUAACGUCUCAGUUUACAACCCAAGAGGACAUCCAGAAGGACUGGUCCCUCAUCCAAGAGGCUGCAGCGAAAGUUGCUAACCUGCAAUGUGUGCCGAGGCCUGUUGGCAUCUCAGAGGAAGAGGAGCACAUCCUCAACAUGAUCACCAGCCUCAGUCCUAAACCAGUCGGUGUCCCUUCUCCUUUUUUCUCCGAGAAAGAAGACUGCAAACUCUCUCUAACCAAAAUAACCGUCCAGCCUCGAAGAAGCUCUUCCAGUUUUCCAUCAUGGCUCACUAAUGAAGAUCUACCAGUGCUUGAGGACCCAAACUUAGACAAUUGUUUCAAAGAAGAGAGCCUGAAUGCAACCAGCCAGAAGGUCUCCUCCAGCUUAUCUGUCCAAAACAAGAAAAAGACGGCUCGCUCCUUCAGUGUGCCAAUGGCCGACGUUGGAGAGUCAAGCCAUCCCAAGGCAACAGGCUUCGACGGCUCUGGGAAGGCGGGGACUUGCAUCAGCGAGAAAUUCCUUUCCAAGCUGCCCAAAGAGGUGCUGAUGCUGAAGAAAAGUGACCUCAAGAAACGGCUGAAAUUUUACAGUGUGCCCAGUUUUCCAGAAUGUAACAUCCAGUGUGGCCUCCAGCUGCCAUGUUGCCCGUUGCAGGCCAUUGUUUAGGAA